UCUAAGCUUCUCUCUCUUAAUUCUCUCUCUCUCCCAUCACCAUUACUUCGCUUUCAUCUCUCUCUCUCUCUCUCUCUCUCUCCCACCGCCAGAGAGAAAGGUGUUGAUACCAUACCAUACCAUACUUCAUCAUCUUCUUCCACUGUCUGCACUGCUUGUCUGUCUCCCUGUCCCUUCCCCUCUCAAUUUCACACCAUUUUUCUCUCAUCCUCUUCCCAAAUAAAACGCAACCCAUUUCCCCAAAUUCGAUCUUUUCAAUUGGGUCUCUCUCCGUUUUCCAUUUGGUACACAAAUCAUGCCUUUCUCCAUCCGAGAGUAUGCUUUGAAUAUGAGAGGCACGGAUUUAAAGAGAAGCUGGCCGUUUAGCGAGAACGUGAAGAAAGAAGUGGCACAAGCUUUGCUCCCACCAAUGGAUGUCAGGAAAUUUCGUUGGUGGUCUCAUCAACAAACUGAUUGUGGAGGUGUAGUGGAGGAGAAGGAGGUUGUUGUUGUUGACAGAAUUCAAAUGCAGAAGAUUUGUCCGGUUUGUGGGGUUUUUGUUGCUGCUACUGUCAACGCUAUGAAUGCUCAUAUUGAUAGCUGUUUAGCUCAAACCACUAAGGAAAGGCCAAGGAAUAAAGGAGGAGGAGGAGGAGGAGGAGGGGCAAAAUCAAGAACGCCUAAAAAGAGAUCAAUUGCAGAAAUCUUCGCAGUGGCUCCGCCUGUAAAAACAAUGAUUAUUGGUAAUGAUUGUGAGGAGGGAGAAAAAGGCAUUGGGAAGCAAAUGAUUCGAGACAAGCUCAAAGCUACAUCGUUGGCUAGGAGUCUUGUCUCUGCAAUGAAGACAAUCAAGGCGAAGAACACCAGAAAUGAAGAAGAAAUGAGGAGGAGGAGGAGGAGGAGGAGGAAGAAGAAGAAGAAGAAGAAUAAGAACCUUGGAGAUGAGCAACUAUGCAAGAAGGGGGAGAGAAACCACAAGGAUGUUUCAGCUCGUUGUUGUAAGAAACCAUGUUUUAAGCGUUUGUCUAGACCAAAAAGGAAAAAACUAGUGAAGAAAUCCAAUGUAGUUGGCAGGCAACAGAGGCCAUUGGCUCCACUUAGGAGCAUUUUGAAGCAUAGUGUCAAAGAAAUUUCUGAGACAAGAGGCAGCAACCAAGCUUCCAACAAUGGUGGUCAAAAGUAUGGUAAGCGUGUUAGCUUCUGGGAUAAGGAUGAUGUUCUUGGUCCAACCACUGGAGCGUUAUCUGAUACCUUUGAACAAAAUGGCUGCAAUCCUUUUCAAGCCUCAGAAGGAAGCACUAAGUCAGGCGAAAGUGAUAAAGGAGUGGCUUCAAUGGAGGUUGGUGUAGAAGACGACGUCGUUAGCGUUAGCCCCCGACACGACAUUGAUAGUCAAAGUUGGGACAAUGCGAAGCAUUCGACUGAAAAGUUGAUAUCGACAAAUCGGGUUAUUCCUCGUGAUCAAAAUGAUUUGCAUUUGUUUGACCAUGUCUAUGUAGAUGCACCUCAGAAGCUGCCACCAGUGGCUUCUGCUACGCCUGCUCUAUUAGCUGCUGCACAAGAAGAAAGGCAAUAUGGCCAUGUGAGAACUCAAUGUCGAGCUCAUUCUCUCUAUGGCUCAAAUACAAGCAGAGUUCCUUCUUCUUCUUUAAGUGAAAAUGCUGGUGGCAGAUUUCUUAAUCUGGCGCAAUCUUCUGAUAAGGACGCUCGAUGCUCGUUUCCGAACUGGGAGCAAAGUGCGGUCGCCCACAAAGAGAAGGGUGUGAAUGAUGGUUUUUUCUGCCUGCCAUUGAACUCAAAGGGUGAACUGAUACAGCUAAAUUCAGGUUUGGUUAAUAGGUUUGAUCAAAUGAAUGAAGCCAAUAACACUAUGGCUUGUUCUAGCAGGAUACCGGUAUGCAGUCUCGUCCUGCCACGACGCACCCGGGAUUAUUUCAUAGAUAACGAGAAGCUCCUUGUUGAUACAGAACUUACAAGAAACCAGUUGACUUUAUUUCCAUUGCAUAGUAAUGUGCAAGAAAAUCAAAACCAAUAUUUGUCAGCUAGAUUCGACGUCACCGAGCCUGGAACUUCCGAAAGGGGAACUGAAUCAGGUCGGUUUUUGCACUCGAACUUGAUGGAAUCUCCAUUUUACAGAAGCAGAUACUAUGGAAGUACAGAGAUUAAUCCUGAAAGUUCAAGUAGCGUGUGUGCGAAUCCCGCUCGACAAACGAUGCGGUUGAUGGGCAAAGAUGUCGCUGUUGGUGAACAUGGGAAAGAAGUUCAAGAACCUGAGGUUAUAAACUUUUGGAAGAACUCAACUUUAAUUGACAACUGCUUGACCAAUCCUAUCCAAGAGAAUCCCAUGAGAAAAAGAAACUUUCUGCAAGAUAGGGAGUUGCAUCAUCCAUCAAAAGGAGAAGCCUUGUUUUAUCAUCCUGCAGCCUUUCAUCAUCCAUCGAAUGCUCCACAAGUUCGGUACCCCCAUCUGCACCUCAAUCGAACGUAUCAAAGACCCGACUCUGUCAUCAACUUAAACGAAAGGUUCAACAACAACGUCCAUGUUUCGACCGAUGUCUUUAAUAACACGGCACCGAACUUUCAAGCACCCUUCAUUUCUGGUCCGGAAACGCUAAGGUUUGGUUCACAGCCAUCGGCAUUUUCUACUUCUUACCACAUGUAUCCAAAUAGAUAUGAAAGUUGUUUCGAAUUUGGUUUCGACCGGAAACUACGUCCCGAAAAACCAGGAACCUUUAACUUCCCUUUCUUGCAGCCAGAUGAUCAUGGAAAUGCUAUCCAGGUCCCUUGGUUUCAUAGUUCUAAGAGCCUUCCUCCAUGGAUGUUACAUGAUCACCAACGGGAAGCAGCUCCAACCACAAAUGGAUACUAUUAUCCAUUUAUUUCUUCUGCCACAGAUGUUCUCAUUAGCCCUUCUUCCAUGCAUCACCGGCUUGAAGCUGCCUAUCCUUGCAGCACAAUGCCCUAUUUUCAACCAAUGCCUGUUGCUCCUAGAGUACUUCAAUCGCCCUCUAUUGCCAACCCAGGCCAUGAAACUAGAAUGAGCUUUGAAGACAGAUUGAAGUUCAAUACUUUGAGUGUCAAGCAACCAGAGCUAGUCAAUUCGAGGAAGCGUCAAAAGAUGUCAAAUUUAGAAACGAACAAUACUAGAGAAUUCAGCGAUGAUCAACUGCGAUAUAACCCGGCAACAGCGAAAAUUCCUGCUAACUGGGAGAAGGCCGUUAAUUUAACAGGAAAUAUCUCAAAUGUGGCUCAAACUGAUGGAGUACCGGCAAGAUCAGGCCCUAUCAAGUUAACAGCAGGAGCUAAACACAUCCUGAAACCAAGUCAGAGUAUGUAUUUAGAUAAUACUAAGCCUACUUAUUCAACAAUUCCUUCUGCUGGAUUAGUUCAUAGUGUUAGCUUGGCUGGAUCUCAGAAGAAGUCAACUAAAGUAUACAGUUUUUAAAAGAAGGAACCUAGCUCAUCUGUGUAACCAAUGACAUGAUCGGAGUUGUAGUUUCAAGAUGACCCGUCGUUCAUCAAGCAAGUUUUUCGGUACUCGAAGGCGUGUUAUCUUGAACGGAAACUAGCUAAUCACACCACUGGAAUAUAGACGCUGCUACGAGUUUGUUUCACAGUUCAAGUUCCUGUAAUGAAUGCGUGAGAACACAGUUAUAUUGGUUUUCUUGAGGGCUAUAAGCUAAAAGUUAAUGUAGCUAACAUAUGUUGACAUUUGUUAAACUCAUAUAAGGUAGCUUGUUGAAGUGAAACGUAAUAAUUCUCGAUA